UCACGCAGAAAUCGGUGUGUGAUGAGCCAUUGCGGUUGAAGCACUAAAGGAACGGGAUUUGAAAUUAGUUGCUCAGCUGAAGUUCAAUACGGGGCCCUCGUUUACAUUUCCCCAGACAAUCAACGCCCUGCCGCUAGGAUCAAUAUUCGUUACCGGGGAUAACCAUCAGCGUCAUGGCGGACUCCGCACCUGCGCCGACACAGCCGGAAGUAAACAACAAUGCUUCCAAUCUAGAGGCCACCGCUAAACACGGCCCAUCCGAUGAUGCAGUUGCUUCUGAUGGUGCUGAAGGACCACCUUCGAAAAAGGCGAGGUUGGAGAAUGAUUCGGCACAGCCCGACGACCGCGAGCUUGGUCGGAGAAGAGGCAUUGCCCCUGUGAAACCUGAGUUCGUCGUCCAAACAACCGGAAGAGGUACCCAUGCCGCCCAAGUCGCCGAACCGAGCCCUGACGACAACGCCGAAGCCGCGCAUCACGAUGAUCGCGACACUGACAAUAAAGAUAAGAAAAAGAAAGCUACCGGUCAGAACACUCACCGCAGCUUCGGGAGAUCGACGGAUGCAAAGGGCCUUUGCCCGACCCGAAUUUUCAACCCCGAAUUCUCGCCGCAAGAAUGCAAGUUCGCCGACAAGUGCCGAUUCGAGCAUAACCUGCGAACAUACCUUGAAGAGCACAAGCGGGAGGAUCUUGCGACCUUCAAUGGCGUAUGUCCGGUCUGGGAUGCUAGGGGCAAAUGUCACGCGGGGUGGAAAUGUCGCUUUGUUGGUUCGCAUAUGACUGAGCGGGAGACCGCUGACGGACGGAAAGAGCUAGUUCUGGUCGAGGACGAGGAGCGCAAGCAAAAGGCGAAGCCGGUUGUUCCGCAUGCGACAGAAGAUGGCUUUGUCAAUGUCAUCUCGAAUGAUGAUAAGGUUGCGCUGGCGAGAAAGAGGGUCAAGACACCUCGCGCUGAUGCGUACUCGAAAUGGCUCGACAAGACUGGUCGGGAUUUGGAAAAGCAGCUCCAUAAGCGUCAUCAGGAGGAGAAUGGAGAGCAAGGGGCGGAUGAACAGGCCAAGGAAGCAAAGGAAGAGAACCGAGCGCAAUACGCCGAGCAGCCUUUCUUGCCGUCGGAAAAGAGGCGUCUUUAUUUCGGGCCAGAGACCCCAGCUCUGGCUCCCCUGACCACACAGGGCAACCUUCCCUUCCGGAGACUUUGUUCGGAACUUGGCGCGCAAUUCACCUAUUCAGAGAUGGCCAUGAGUAUGCCGUUGAUUCAAGGGUCGAAGUCAGAGUGGGCUUUGAUGAGGGCCCAUGAGUCCGAAAUGCUCCCGCCAACCAUUUCUCCCUCGCAAAGUGUCGUGCAGGGCUACGACCACUCCAAGGACGUCAAGCUCGGUGCCCAAAUCGCAGCCAACAAGCCCUGGCAGGCACUGAAGGCUACCGAGGUCCUGGCCAAAUACACACCCAACUUGCGUGUCAUUGACUUGAACUGCGGUUGUCCUAUAGAUCUUGUCUACCGCGAAGGCGCUGGCUCUGCCUUGCUUGACCACCCGUCGAAACUGGAGAAGAUCCUGCGAGGCAUGAACGCAGUUUCUGAGCAAAUUCCUAUUACUGUCAAGAUCCGCACUGGAACCCGAGACAACGCUCCUAAUGCACAGAAGCUUGUCGAGCGCCUCGUGCUGGGAGGUUACGAAUCCAGCUUGCUCGACGUUGGACCUCCCGGUAUCGCAGCCGUGACUCUUCACGGACGAAGCAGACAGCAGCGGUACACCAGACUAGCUGACUGGAGCUAUAUCGCCGAGUGCUCUGCUCUCAUCAAGCGCCUGAAUGAGAAGACAGACGAAGUCACCGACACUAUCCGCGAACCAGAUGCGCGGACGCAACCCAACGGUGGCAAAGUGUAUUUCCUCGGAAACGGCGAUUGCUACUCCCACUUCGACUACGACGACCACAUCAACAACGCCGGAGUUGACUCCGUCAUGGUUGGUCGCGGAGCACUCGUCAAGCCCUGGCUCUUUGAAGAGAUUCAGUCCGGCCAGUAUCUCGACAAGUCUGCAUCCGAACGUUUAUCGUAUGUGGAGAAGUUUGCGAAGUACGGUCUUGAGGCUUGGGGAUCUGAUGAGUAUGGUAUUGGCAUCACUCGCCGUUUCUUGCUUGAGUGGCUGAGCUUUACGUACCGUUAUGUGCCCAUCGGGUUGCUUGAGUAUCUCCCUCCGAAUAUCCAGGACAGACCCCCGGUCUGGAGAGGUAGAAAUGAUCUGGAAACUCUUAUGGGCAGUGACCAUUACAUGGACUGGAUCAAGAUCACGGAAAUGUUCCUCGGUCCAGCUCACAAGGACUUCAAGUUCGAGCCCAAGCACAAGUCCAACGCCUAUGAGGUGGAGGGUUAAAGUGCUAGCAACUAAAUGCCACACGAAUGAAUGCACAUAUACCAUAAAUAGUAUGAAGAUCAAGCACAGCCCUGCACUGUAAAUUCCAGUAAUUUCUUGGACUCGGUAUCACGUGAAUUCAUACUUGGUAGAUGAAGCGAGCGGGUAGCUCAGGGAUCGGGGAAUCGGGGAGUCGAUUAUCCGGACUGCACGAGGCUAUAGGCGAGGAACUUGAAUUACGCGAAAAAGGGUGAUAUUGAUAGGCUAUAUCCACCGUGAUAAUAGAAUGAGUGCUUAGCCAUCUAAAGCGUACGGCUACAGUGUCCUAUAUGAGGAGACUGUCAGCUCCGCUAAUCGGGCC